UAUCUCUUACUUGAGUGGAGAAGUGUCGAGUGUGGUUUGUGUUAAUGUGAUUCGAACCUGGAAAUAAGUGAAAUUGUUUGGGAUAUCUGGUGUCUGAAGCCGAACCGAAAAAAAUGGAUCAGAUAACACCUAAAGAAGUCAAAAUAUUGGAAACAGCUGAAGAUAUUCAGGAACGCCGUGAACAGGUGUUACACCGAUACAGCGACUUCAAACAAGAAGCGAGAUCCAAACGAGAAAAGCUCGAAGAUUCCCGUCGUUUUCAGUAUUUCAAACGGGAUGCCGAUGAACUCGAAUCUUGGAUCAAUGAAAAGCUCCAAGCAGCAUCAGAUGAAAGUUACAAAGACCCAACAAAUUUACAGGCAAAGAUUCAGAAACAUCAAGCCUUUGAAGCUGAAGUGGCAGCACAUAGCAACGCCAUUGUUUCGUUGGAUAAUACAGGAAUGGAAAUGAUCAAUCAGGGGCAUUUUGCCUCAGACAUUAUUCGAAGGCGACUUGAUGAACUGCAUCGUCUUUGGGAACUUCUUCUGUCCAAACUUGCUGAGAAGGGUAUGAAGCUGCAACAAGCUUUGGUGCUUGUCCAGUUCCUGCGUCAGUGUGAUGAAGUCAUGUUUUGGAUAAAUGAUAAGGAAACAUUUGUGACGACUGAUGAGUUUGGCCACGAUUUAGAACAUGUUGAGGUCUUGCAGCGAAAGUUUGAUGAAUUUCAGAAGGAUAUGGCUUCACAAGAAUAUCGUGUCACUGAAGUUAACGAACUAGCUGACAAGUUAAUUAUGGAAGGACACCCAGAGAGAGACACUAUCAGUCAACGGAAAGAGGGACUUAAUGAAGCUUGGAUGCAUCUUAAGCAGCUGGCUUUAAUGCGUCAAGAAAAACUAUUUGGUGCUCAUGAAAUUCAGCGUUUCAAUAGGGAUGCUGAUGAAACUGUUGCAUGGAUUUCAGAAAAGGAUGUUGUCUUGUCCUCUGAUGACUAUGGGCGUGACUUGGCUAGUGUUCAGACACUGCAGAGAAAACAUGAGGGUGUUGAACGAGAUCUGGCUGCACUUGAAGAUAAAGUGUCUACUCUUGGGCAGGAAGCAGAUCGCUUAUGUGGUAUUCAUGCAGAUCAUGCUGACCAGAUUCAGGCAAAACGAGCUGAAAUUGUUGCUUAUUGGGAGAGCCUUACAAGAAAAGCUGAGGAACGUCGCCAAAAGUUGGAUGAAUCAUACUACUUGCAUCGUUUUCUGGCAGACUUCAGAGACUUAAUUUCAUGGAUUAAUGACAUGAAAGCAAUAAUAUCUGCAGAUGAGUUAGCCAAAGACGUAGCAGGUGCUGAAGCAUUGUUGGAAAGACACCAAGAACAUAAGGGUGAAAUUGAUGCAAGGGAAGACAGUUUCCGAGCAACAGCAGAAGCUGGGCAGCUACUAUUAAAACAUGGUCAUUAUGCCUCUGAGGAAGUAAAAGAUAAGCUUGGUGUUCUGAGUUCAGAGAAAGCAUCAUUGUUGUCUAUGUGGGAAGAACGUCGCAUUCUUUAUGAGCAGUGCAUGGAUUUACAACUUUUCUAUCGUGACACAGAACAGGCAGAUACUUGGAUGGCCAAACAAGAGGCAUUUUUGGCUAAUGAAGACCUUGGUGAUUCCUUAGACUCUGUUGAGGCACUUAUUAAAAAGCAUGAAGAUUUUGAGAAAUCUUUGGCAGCACAAGAGGAGAAAAUAAAAGCACUUGAUGAAUUUGCCACAAAAUUAAUAGAGGGUCAGCAUUAUGCUGCUGAUGAUGUUGCACAACGUAGAGCAAUGCUUUUAGAACGCCGUUCAGCUCUGCUAGAGAAAUCAGCCCAGCGUAGAGCAAUUCUCGAAGACUCAAAUCGCUUCCAACAGUUUGAAAGGGACUGUGAUGAAACUAAAGGUUGGAUCAAUGAGAAACUAAAGUUUGCCACUGAUGAUAGCUAUCUUGAUCCCACAAAUCUGAAUGGAAAAGUGCAGAAACAUCAAAACUUUGAACAGGAACUUAAUGCCAAUAAGUCACGAAUGGAUGAGAUUGCUUCCACUGGACAGGAAUUGAUUGAAGCAAAUCACUAUGCAUCAGAUAGAAUCCAGUCACGCAUGGAUGAAAUCUUGCAGUUGUGGGAGACACUAGUUUCAGAAACAGAGAAGAAAGGUUCAAAAUUACAAGAGGCUUCUCAACAGCAGCAGUUCAAUAGAACGGUUGAGGAUGUAGAACUGUGGUUGUCAGAAAUUGAGGGUCAACUGAUGAGCGAAGACUACGGCAAGGAUCUGACAAGUGUGCAGAAUCUUCAGAAGAAGCAUGCAUUGUUGGAAGCAGACGUUGCUUCACAUCAAGAUCGUAUUGAAGGCAUUCGUGUUGCUGCAGCACAGUUUGUGGAAAGAGGACAUUUUGAUGCCGACAAUAUAAAAGCUAAGGAGCUUGCACUUACUGAACGAUACUCUGCAUUGCAACGUCCAAUGAACAUCCGCAAGCAACGCCUGCUUGAUUCACUGCAAGUGCAGCAACUUUUCCGUGAUAUCGAAGAUGAGGAAGCAUGGAUAAGAGAGAAGGAACCAGUAGCUGCAUCUACAAACAGAGGUCGUGAUCUUAUUGGUGUGCAGAAUCUAAUCAAGAAACAUCAGGCUGUCUUAGCAGAAAUUAAUAAUCAUGAAAAUCGCAUAACUGCUGUGUAUCAGUCAGGUCAGCAAAUGCUGGAUGAGGGACACUUUGCAAGUGAUGAAAUAAAACAGAGGGUUGCAACGCUAAAUGAUCACUGGACACAACUAAAAGAUAAAGCACUGCAGAGGAAACAAGAUCUGGAAGAUUCACUUCAAGCACAUCAGUACUUUGCAGAUGCAAAUGAAGCAGAAUCAUGGAUGAAAGAGAAGGAACCAAUUGUGUGUAAUACUGACUAUGGAAAGGAUGAAGAUUCGAGUGAGGCUCUUCUCAAAAAGCACGAGGCACUUGUUUCUGAUUUGGAAGCUUUUGGAAACACAAUUUUAAGUCUCCGUGAGCAAGCACAAUCGUGCAGGCAACAAGAAACACCUGUAAUUGAUGUCUCAGGGAAAGAAUGUGUUAUGGCACUGUAUGAUUAUACAGAAAAAUCACCCCGUGAGGUUUCCAUGAAGAAGGGUGAUGUUCUCACUCUUCUGAAUUCAAACAACAAGGAUUGGUGGAAAGUUGAAGUUAAUGAUCGUCAAGGAUUUGUUCCAGCUGCAUAUGUUAAGAAGAUUGAAGCAGGAUUAUCUGCCUCUCAGCAGAACCUUGCAGACAAGAAUUCAAUAGCAGCAAGACAAAAUCAGAUUGAAGCUCAGUAUGAUCAGUUACUGAGUUUGGCUAGGGAACGCCAAAAUAAACUCAAUGAGACUGUAAAGGCUUAUGUGCUGGUUCGUGAAGCAGCAGAACUUGCAACUUGGAUAAAAGACAAGGAAAGUUAUGCUGAAGUAGCUGAUGUUGGAGAAGACCUGGAACAAGUUGAGGUUAUGCAAAAGAAGUUUGAUGAUUUCCAAGCUGAUCUAAAAGCAAAUGAAGUCAGACUUGCGGAAAUGAAUGAAAUAGCUAUGCAGCUCAUGAGUCUCGGGCAAACAGAAGCUGCCUUGAAAAUACAGACACAGAUAGAGGAUUUGAAUCAGAAGUGGACGUCACUGCAGCAGCUAACAUCAGAGAGGGCCACACAGUUAGGGUCUGCACACGAAGUUCAGCGUUUCCACAGAGAUGUUGAUGAGACAAAAGACUGGAUUCAAGAGAAAGAUGAAGCUCUAAACAAUGAAGACUUGGGAAAAGAUCUGAGAAGUGUGCAAGCGCUACAGAGGAAGCACGAAGGUCUUGAGAGGGAUUUGGCUGCACUGGGAGACAAGAUCAGGCAGCUUGAUGAAACCGCAAACAGGCUUAUGCAAACUCAUCCAGAAACGGCUGAUCAGACGUAUGCCAAACAGAAAGAGAUCAAUGAAGAGUGGACUCAACUCACAGCAAAGGCAAAUAGCCGCAAAGAGAAGUUGUUGGAUUCAUAUGAUCUCCAACGUUUCUUGAGUGACUAUCGUGAUUUGAUGUCGUGGAUCAAUAGUAUGAUGGGCCUGGUUUCCAGUGAUGAACUCGCAAAUGAUGUCACAGGAGCUGAAGCUUUAUUAGAAAGACAUCAGAAUCAUCGAGCGGAGAUAGAUGCCCGCUAUGGGGUUGCUCAGGAACAUCGAACAGAAAUAGAUGCUCGUGCAGGGACAUUUCAAGCUUUUGAUUUAUUUGGACAACAGCUUUUGCAUUCUGGUCAUUAUGCAAGUGUUGAGAUACAAGAAAAAUUGGAAAGCAUGGCAGAAGCCCGUCAAGAACUUGAAAAGGCUUGGAUUGCACGACGAAUGCAACUUGAUCAGUGUUUAGAAUUACAGCUGUUCUAUAGAGAUUGCGAACAGGCUGAAAACUGGAUGUCAGCUAGGGAAGCAUUUCUUGCUGCAGAAGAAGUUGAUUCAAAGGGAGAUAAUGUCGAAGCUCUCAUCAAAAAACAUGAAGAUUUUGACAAAGCCAUAAAUGCUCAUGAAGAAAAGAUUGCAGCACUUCAGACAUUGGCUGACCAGUUAAUUGGUGCUGAUCAUUACGCUUCUAAACAAAUUGAUGAGAAACGCUGUCAGGUGCUUGACAGGUGGCGUCACUUGAAAGAAGCUUUGAUUGAGAAACGCUCACGCUUAGGCGAAUCACAGACUCUGCAACAGUUCAGCCGUGAUGCAGAUGAAAUGGAGAACUGGAUUGCAGAGAAGCUGCAACUAGCUACAGAAGAAAGUUACAAGGACCCUGCCAAUAUACAGUCAAAGCACCAGAAACACCAAGCUUUUGAAGCAGAACUUGCUGCUAAUGCUGACAGAAUCCAGAGUGUAAUUGCCAUGGGUCAGAAUCUCAUAGACAAGCAUCAGUGUGCAGGAUCUGAAGAAGCAGUUCAGGCCAGGCUUGCAUCUAUAGCAGAUCAGUGGGAGUACUUGACCCAGAAAACAACAGAGAAAACAGUGAAGCUGAAGGAAGCCAACAAACAGCGAACAUACAUUGCUGCUGUGAAAGAUCUUGAUUUCUGGUUAGGAGAAGUAGAAUCACUUUUGACAUCUGAGGACUCAGGAAAAGACCUUGCAUCUGUGCAGAAUCUGAUAAAGAAGCACCAACUUGUUGAGGCUGAUAUACAGGCACAUGAAGAUCGCAUUAAAGACAUGAAUGCACAAGCUGAUUCACUAAUUGAGAGUGGUCAGUUUGAUACAGCAAGUAUUCAAGAGAAACGACAAUCAAUAAAUGAACGCUAUGAACGUAUAAAGAAUCUUGCAGCUCAUCGUCAGGCUAGAUUGAAUGAAGCGAAUACGCUCCAUCAGUUCUUCAGGGAUAUCGCAGAUGAAGAAUCGUGGAUAAAAGAGAAGAAAUUGCUUGUUGGAUCUGAUGACUAUGGCCGCGAUUUGACAGGUGUUCAGAACCUGAAAAAGAAGCACAAGAGAUUGGAGACUGAACUUGCAUCACAUGAACCAGCCAUUCAGGCCGUUCAGGAAGCUGGAGAGAAGUUAAUGGAUGUCUCAAAUUUGGGUGUUCCAGAAAUUGAACAGCGUCUCAAGCUCCUUAAUCAGGCAUGGGCAGAGCUUAAGCAGAUGGCAGCUACUCGUGGUCAGAAGCUGGAUGAGUCCCUUACAUAUCAGCAGUUUUUGGCAAAAGUGGAAGAAGAAGAAGCUUGGAUAAGUGAGAAGCAACAACUCUUGGGAGUAGAAGAUUAUGGUGAUACAAUGGCUGCAGUUCAAGGCCUUCUAAAGAAACAUGAUGCUUUUGAAACAGACUUUGCUGCACAUGGAGAUCGUUGUGCAGAUAUCUGUGCUGCUGGUCAAAAGUUAAUCGCAGACAACAAUCAUCACAUGGAAAGCAUUGCCCAGCGUUGUCAACAGCUACAGGUGAAAUUAGAUCACUUGGCCUCGCUUGCUGCUCGUCGGAAGUUAAAGUUGAUGGAAAAUUCAGCAUAUUUACAAUUCAUGUGGAAAGCAGAUGUUGUUGAAUCGUGGAUUGCUGAUAAGGAAACUCACGUUCGAUCAGAAGAAUUUGGUCGUGAUCUUUCCACUGUGCAGACACUUCUGACAAAACAAGAGACAUUUGAUGCAGGUCUCCAUGCAUUUGAACAUGAAGGUAUCCAGAACAUCACAAGCCUGAAAGAACAGUUAGUUUCAGCUUCACACGAUCAGACACCUGCGAUUCUCAAGAGACAUGCUGAUGUAAUAGCCAGAUGGCAGAAGUUGCUGGCAGAUUCAGAUGCUCGUAAGCAGAAAUUACUUCGAAUGCAAGAACAGUUCAGACAGAUUGAAGAACUGUAUCUCACAUUUGCAAAGAAGGCUUCAGCAUUUAAUUCUUGGUUUGAAAAUGCAGAGGAAGAUUUAACUGACCCAGUUCGCUGCAAUUCUAUUGAAGAAAUCAGGGCAUUGAGAGAGGCGCAUCAACAAUUUCAGGCCUCCCUUUCAUCAGCACAAGCUGAUUUUGAUGCCCUUGCGAAGUUGGAUCAGCAGAUAAAGAAUUUUAAUGUUGGGCCAAAUCCAUACACUUGGUUUACGAUGGAAGCACUAGAAGAUACAUGGAGAAAUCUACAGAAGAUUAUUAAGGAACGAGAUAUUGAGCUCUCUAAAGAAGCACAGAGACAAGAGGAAAAUGACAAAUUGAGGAAGGAGUUCGCAAAACAUGCCAAUGCCUUCCACCAAUGGCUUACAGAGACCAGAUACAGACUCCUUGGAUGGGACGGAGCAUCUAUGAUGGAAGGUUCUGGAUCUCUAGAACAGCAGCUGGAGGCAACAAAGCGAAAAGCUGGAGAAGUCAGAGCACGACGAUCUGAUCUGAAACGAAUAGAAGACUUGGGAGCAAUUCUUGAAGAACACCUGAUCCUGGAUAAUAGGUAUACAGAGCACAGUACUGUUGGCCUUGCACAACAAUGGGACCAGCUCGAUCAGUUAGGCAUGCGUAUGCAGCAUAAUUUGGAACAACAAAUUCAAGCACGUAACCAAUCUGGAGUUAGUGAAGAUGCACUCAAAGAAUUUUCAAUGAUGUUCAAACACUUUGAUAAAGAUAAGAGUGGUCGCCUGAAUCAUCAAGAAUUCAAAUCCUGCCUCCGUGCUUUGGGUUAUGAUCUUCCAAUGGUGGAAGAAGGUCAACCUGAUCAUGACUUUGAUGCCAUUCUUGAUAUUGUAGAUCCUAACAGAGAUGGUUAUGUGUCACUGCAAGAAUACAUGGCCUUCAUGAUUAGUAAGGAGACUGAAAAUGUACAGAGUUCAGAAGAAAUUGAAAAUGCAUUUAGAGCUAUCACAGCUGGAGAUCGGCCAUACGUCACUAAAGAAGAAUUGUAUGCUAAUCUCACAAAAGAAAUGGCAGACUACUGUGUUGCUCGAAUGAAGCCUUACGUUGAUCCAAAAACAGAAAGACCCAUUCAAGGAGCCUUGGAUUACAUUGAAUUCACGCGUACAUUAUUUCAGAACUGAAGCAUAAGUAUUUAAUAUAAAUUAUUUUCAAGGUAUUAAUUUUGCAAAGUACAUACUCAUGUUUUCCUUAGUACCUGCUUUUCACUGAAAUUGGAAAUCUGUUACUGAUGUCAUGUAAUGUGCAUCAGAUAACAGUUUACUGCAUUUGGUUAUUGAACAUAGAGACUAUUUAAAUAGCUUGCCUUUUAUGUUACUUUUAUACAAGUAUGUUAACAUAUUGGUUAUACCUGAAGAUAAAUGCAUUUAAGAUUUUUUGCUUACAGUAGCAGUUGCACAAUAUUCUGCUAUAUGCUUUAGAUAAUGGAAAAAUUAAUGGUAGCUCUAUUGUUAUCCUGCAGAAUUACUGUAAAAAGAGUAUGUAAAGAAAGCCACUGUGAAAUUAUAUUUUAUGAUAGAGUAUUAAGAAUCUGUAUUACAUUAAUUUUUUUCCUUCAUUAUAAGAUUGAUGUUGGAGCAGACUUCACAAACCACAAAGCCACAUUUGUGAUUCCCACUUUAAAAUCUCAAAAAUGUAAAAUUAGAAAAUCUAGACUCUGUAAACAUUUUUACAGUUUUUCACAUUGUUAUAAUGUUCUAUAAAUCUAACAAAAACAGAGAUCUAUUUAUUGAUUUUAUCCAAAGGAAAUAUUUGUUUAGUGUGCCUGCAUAAGAUUUUAUUUUUAGUUUGGCAGCUGUUUGUUGUAAACCAUGAAAAUCGUUAAUA